GAGAGCGAAACAUCGAUCAUAGUGGAUGCAUCCAAAUAUAUAAAAAAGCUUAAGCAGAAAGUCGAAAAAAUCAACAAUGAGACCACGUCUGAGCAAUAUUAUCCUACCGAUCCCAUGGUUACAGCGGAAACCCUAGAGAAGGGGUUCAUGAUAAAGGUAAUGUCAGGGAAGAAUGAAGCAGGCAUCUUGGUUUGUGUUCUUGAAGCUUUUGAGACACUUGGACUCGAAGUUGUUGAAGCUAGGGUUUCAUGUACGGAUUCCUUUAGCUUGCAUGCCAUUGGCUCAUCAGAUGAUGAUGAUGGAGUAAGCAUGGAUGCUGAAACAGUGAGGCAGGCAGUGGCAGAGGCAGUCAGGACCUGGAGUAAUAGCCACGGUUCAAAAGGGUGA